AUGGGGGAGACCUCCCCCUUGCGCAAGGCUGACCUCCUCUGCACCAUGCCGGACGACGACGACGAGACCGAUGACCUCCAGAGGGGGGAGCCUCCCGUGAUCCCGACGAGGGGCAGGUCGGCGUUGGUUUCCCGAGAUGACGCUCCUGUUCUGACGCCGUCUGGGGCUGCUUCUAGCCUGUCUGCUGCUCCUUCCUCUGCCCCUGGAGCCCGUGCGCCCGUGCCCCAGGCUGGGAGGCUCUCGGGCUUCAAGCUAAGCAAGAGGAGGGUGGACUACACCGCGGUGGACCCGCCGACGCCUGCGGCAAAGAAGAGGAAGGAGGAGGCGGUGGUGCUGCUCGGGACCAGCCUGCCUGCUCCGGCCGCGUCUCCCUCCGUGGAGAAAGGCAGCGUUGGUGCUCAUGUCACUCCAGCUCGGUCGUCCACGCGAGGCCUGGGGGAGAAUCCUCGGGAGGAGUCAGCCCCCGUGGCCCCACUGGCUCCGGAGGCACCGGCGUCCGGCUCGGCUGCUGAGGUCUCCAAGGUUCAGGAGCCCCCAGUCUCCCAGGCUAUGGUGAUGAUACCUUCUCCUCCUUCUCCAGCUGCACUGCUGAUUCCAGGUCCUUCCGCCUCCCGUGACGUCUUGGAGCGCGCUCUUUCUGAGAUGACCCGGCUGCGAGAAGACCUUCAGGGCGCUGACCCUCACUUGGUGGCUGGGCGCCUGGAGCUAGUCUCUGGCUGGCUCCAUCCUGAUGUGUCCGUUCAGGCGGCGCUGAGCCAGUCCACGACGACCUCCGAGAGAGAGAAGCAGGCCGCCGUCCAAGCGGCGGCUGCUCGCGAGGCGGCGCUGAAGGACGUCGAGGCCGCCCAGGAUCGCUGCCGGGUGCUGGAAGCCGAGCUGAAGACCCUGCGCAACGAGCAUGCAGAAGAAGCCCGUAGCCGCAAGGCGGAGGAGGAGGAGAUGAAGGCUCGGGAAGAUGCUAUCAAGGGUCGCGAUGCCGAGCUGGAGCAGUCAGCGAAGGCGCAGGCCACUGAGCGCGGCCGGCUGGAGGAGCUGGAGCGGAAGGUGAAGGCGGAGAAAGCCAAACUUGACGUCAAGGCGAAGGUUCUGGCCGAGGACCGCGCGACCUUCGCGGUCCUCGAGGAGAGGUCUCGCGUGGCGCUUGAGGAAGUCGUGAGCGGCCUCAGCCCCAUGGCGGAGGAAGAGGCUCAUGUCCUUUCUUCAGCUGCGCUGACGCGCGUCUUCAGCCACCUCCAUCUUUGCUAUCCUACCGCCCGCCUUGACGAGCUGCUGGAGCCUGUGGACGACGAACACUGCACAGCCGCUGCCGCAACCAUGAAUGGUCAGGUGGAGGCCCCGCUAAAGAAGUUCCGCGCCUUCGCUCCCGCGCCUUCGACCGGCGGUGCCACUAAUCCUGCAGCUCCGGCAGGUGGCAUGGGUGAAGGCGACGCCACCAAGGAAGGAGCGCCUCUUGCGGGUGCCGGCUGUGUCCAGGGAUGA